AUGUUCAAAGCUAGAACUCUUCAGAAAAGAAACUUUAAAAAUUUAUCCUUGGCUAAUGAUGAGGAUACCACAAUAGAGGAACCCACACAUGCGUCGGGCAAUUGUCUGAUAGAUCCUAAUGAACGAAUAAUAGCCACUUCUCAAAUAGAUCCUACAAUCGAUAGAACCACGACUCAUUUCAAAUCAAUUAGUCUCUCCAAUAAACGAAAAAAUAGACCGGCCAUCAAGAAUUUGGCUUUACAAAGUGAUUCAAGCAUAUAUACAAUAGAUACCACCACCACUGCACCCUCUUCUAAUCGACUUGUCAAUCAGAACUUACAAAGUAUCUUGGUCCAUGAUGAACCUCAUAGAUUAGCUAGGAAACGAUCGUCCAACGAUUCACUUACAAUCAGUGACCUUGCCACUCCGACAAACCAACUACGUAAUUCUCUUUUCAUCUCUUCUACAUCUUCGUUGAAUACCCCAAUAAAUACAGACAUCCCAUCUAUAGACUCCACGACACCUCCAUUGGUAGAAUCCUCCAUUGUACCUCCACCUCCAGCACAACAGCCACUCCCCACCACCAGUUCCACCACGGCUCCAUCUUCACUCACUCAACAAUCAGAAUCACACUCACAUUCACAUUCACAUGCACAUGCACAUGCACAUUCACAUUCCUCCACGUUUAUGAACAUCCAGGAUAUCGUACAACUGGGCAAGAUUGGUUCAGGUAAUUCAGGAACCGUUACAAAAGCAUUACAUGUCCCAGAUUCCAAAGUGAUAGCUAAAAAGACUAUACCCGUAGAGAAAAAUAAUGACAAAAUCAUAAAUCAAUUAAUUAGGGAAUUGACCAUUAUGAAGAAUUUAAAACCACAUCCGAACUUGGUAGAAUUCUACGGAGCAUUUUAUGAUCAAUCCACAAAUAAUGAAAUCAUCAUACUCUUAGAAUAUAUGAAUUGUGGAUCUCUGGAUAAAAUCCUUUCCACAUAUCAUUCUUUUGUGAAUAGAAAUUUAAUCCCACAAGAUAUCGUUGUCAAAUGGUUCAAUACUCUUUCGAUCUCCAGGAUUUCUGCUUCUGUACUUACGGGAUUAUCUUAUUUAUAUGACAAUUAUAAAAUCAUUCAUAGAGAUAUAAAACCAUCAAAUAUUUUAAUUGGGAGUAAAGGACAAGUGAAAAUUUGUGAUUUCGGUGUUUCCAAAACUUUAAUAAAUUCUAUCGCAGAUACAUUCGUAGGGACCUCUACUUAUAUGUCACCUGAAAGAAUUCAAGGGAACGUCUAUUCCACUAAAGGUGAUGUUUGGUCUCUUGGAUUAACUUUAAUUGAAUUGGUCACCGGUGAAUUCCCCCUUGGUGGUCAUAACGAUACUCCAGAUGGGAUUCUAGAUCUUUUACAAAGAAUCGUCAAUGAACCUUCUCCAAGUUUAUCUGCACAAGUAGCAAAUAAAUAUCCUCCCAUGAUGAACGAUUUUAUAAAAAGAUGUUGUAUUAAAGAUGAAAAAUUAAGACCUUCCAUGAAGGAUUUAUUAAAUCAUCCUUUUAUUUUAAAUUUCAAUGAUAAAGAUAAAGAAUUCAAAAUUUGGGCUAAGCGUAUUAGAUCUUACAUGAAGGAUGAAAAACAAUAUAAACGUGAACAAUUUGAAAGAAAAAAAUUUCAAGAAUAUAGAAAGAAAAAAUUCGAACGUGGGAAUUAA